GACACAAACACACUGUAGAAGCACAGCACAGACUCGAGAGUCUUAGGAAACAAGGCGUUUUUGUAUAUUACUGGACCCUCAGAAUUUUAAUUUUUUAAAAUAUAAUUUCAAUAUGAAUAUUCAAUCUUGUGCCAGGUGUGGCUAUGGGGUCUAUCCUGCUGAGAAGAUUAAUUGUAUUGAUCAGACCUGGCAUAAAGCCUGCUUUCACUGUGAAGUUUGUAAGAUGAUGCUAACUGUAAAUAAUUUUGUUAGCCACCAGAAAAGGCCAUAUUGUCAAGUACAUAACCCCAGAAACAAUACAUUCACAAGUAUUUUUGAGACACCAAUAAAUAUGAAUGUGAAAAAGCAGUCUGAAGCAAUAAGUGAGGUUAAAUAUAGAGAAGAGGGUGAGAAAUUCAAGUCUGUUUUUCACUGGGAUGUAAAAUCUAGAGACAUGGAAGCCAUGCAGAAAAUGCAACAAAUAAGUCAGAAAACCUACCAUGAUGUAUGUAAUGAAAGCAAAUCUUGGCAUAGAGAAACUAUCCCACAGUUGGAAAUGAUCAAGAUAGCACGAACACAGAAAAGUCUUAGUGAUCUGAAGAAUAAUCAGGAAUAUGAACAGCAAAACAUAAAAGGAAGCUUUCCAGUUUCUAUGACUCCAUCGUAUCAGAUUGCCAAGAAGGCCAUAGGACUAUCCAGUGAUGUGGAAUACAAACAGGGACAUAAAGAGCAUGUUUCCAAAUUCAGCAGUGUUAUGGAUACUCCAGAAAUACUUCAUGAAACAUCUGGGGGCCAGUUCAUGAGUGAUUUUAAAUAUCCAGAAGAGUAUGAACAACAAAGAGGAAAAGGAAGCUUCCCUGCUAUGAUAACACCAGCUUAUCAGAUUGCUAAAAGAGCCAAUGAACUUGCUAGUGAUGUUAAGUAUCACCAAAGAUAUGAAAAAGAAAUUAAGGGAAAAGCAAGUCAUUCUCUUGGCACAUUAAGAGAAAAUGUAGAUCAAUUUAAUCAGGAUUAUAUGCACGAAUACGAAGAGCAUAGAGGAAAAGGCAGUUUCCCUGCUAUGAUCACACCAGCAUAUCUAAAUGCUAAGAAGGCAAAUGAAUUGGCUAGUGAUAUUAAAUACAAGAAGGAUUUUUCGCAAAUGAAAGGAGCAGCCCAUUACCAUUGUCUUUCAGCCCAAGAAAAUCUAGCUCUUAAGCAAGCCCAGGAUGUGACCAAGUUGUACAGUGAGGUUAAAUACAAAGAAGAUUGGCAGAAAAGCAGGGGCCGCAACUUUGAAAUGAAGUUAGAUUCCAGAUCUUUGCUUGCUGCAAAAGCUUCAGGAGAUCUUGCCAGUGAAAUUAAAUACAAAGAAGACUAUGAGAAAAUGAAAGGAAAAGCUUUGUCAACAAAAGAUUCAAGACUUCUGCACUCUAUGCAAGUAGCCAAAAUAAAUAGUGAGAUUGCAUAUAAAAAAGAUUUUGAGAAGAAUAAAGCACAUUUCCAUUUACCACUGGAUAUGAUAAAUCUGAAACAUGCAAAGAAAGCCCAAGCUCUGGCUAGUGAUAUUGACUAUAGGAAGAAAAUACAUGAAUAUACAGCAGUUCCAGAAGACCUAAAGACACAGUGGGCCAAAAAGGCAUAUGGGCUACAAAGUGAGCUUCAGUAUAAAACUGACCUUCAGUGGAUGAAGGGAGUUGGCUGGAUAGCAGACCAAAGUAUCAAUAUUGAACAAGCAAAAAAAGCAGGAGAACUCAUCAGUGAGAAAAAGUAUCGACAGAGGGCUGAUGCUCUAAAGUUCACAAGUGUUGCAGACAGUUCCCAGAUCCAGCAUGCGAAGAAAAGCCAGGAACUACAGAGUGAUAUUGCAUACAAGUCAGCAAAAGAGGAUUUUCUUCACAACUACACCAUUAGCAAAGAUGAGCCUCUAUUCAUACAGGCCAGAAUAAAUGCUGCAAAUAUUAGUGAGAAAAUCUACAAGAGUAGCUGGGAAAGGCAGAAAGAAAAAGGAUUUGAACUUCAUCUUGAUGCUAUACCAUUCCUGACAGCCAAGGCAAAGAGGGACCUAGCAAGUAAUAUAAAAUACAAGGAAAAUUAUGAGAAGACUAAAGGAAAGUUGAUUGGAGUGCAAGAUGUGAGCCAAGACUCACAAAUGAUUCACUUGCUCCAUGUAUCCAAGUUGCAGAGUGACCUGGAAUACAAAAAGGCAUUUGAAGACAUAAAAAAUCAAUAUCAUGUUUCCAUGGAUAUGGUAAAUCUUGUUCAUGCCAAGAAAGCUCAAGACUUGGCCACUGAUAGAGGAUAUAAGACAAUCAUGCACCGAUAUACAGCCUUGCCCACAGAUAUGAAGGUAGAAUGGGCCAAGCAGGCUUAUGGCUUGCAGAGUGAUAACCAAUACAGAGCAGAUCUGAACUGGAUGAAAGGAGCCGGAUGGAUCGCCACUGGGUCAUUAAAUGUGAAGCAGGCUCAGAAGGCAGGAGAACUCAUUAGCGAGAAGAAAUAUCGUCAGCACCCAUAUGCUUUGAAGUUUACCAGUAUUAAAGACACUCCUGAGAUGAUCCAGGCUAGAAUUAGUUAUAACCAGGCUGUGGAUAGGCUUUAUAAAGAACAUGGAGAGAAUGUCAAACAUAAUUAUACCCAAAUAGCAGAACUUCCUGAGAUCUCACAAGCUAAGCAAAAUGCUUUGAAUAUCAGUGAGAUUCACUACAAAGAAUCCUGGAAUAAAAUGCAGCAUGGUGGUUAUAAAUUAAAACUGGAUGCCAUUCCUUUCCAGACAGCAAAGGCUUCUAAUGAAAUUAUAAGUGAUUAUAAGUACAAAGAGGCAUUUGAGAAAAUGAAGGGGCAAUUGAUUGGUUCCCACGGCUUGGAAGAUAUAAACAUUUCACACUUCAUGCAUGCAGCUUUGCUUCAAAGUGAUAUAAAUUACAGGAAAGAUUUUGAUAAUCAGAAGAAUAAAUUCCACCUACCAUUAGACAUGCUGAAUUUAGAACAUGCCAGAAAAGCCCAGUCUUUGGUUAGUGAUCAGGAUUAUAGGCAACUACUUCAUGAUUAUACAUCGCUGUCGGAAGAUAUGAGGCUGCAGUGUGCUAAAAAAGCUUACAAACUACAGAGUGAGAAUUCAUACCGAUCUGACUUGAACUUUAUGAGAGGAGUUGGCUGUAUCACACCCGGGGCCUUGGAGAUUGAAACAAAGAAGAAAGCUUCUGAACUCAUCAGUGAGAAUAAAUACCGUCAGCAAGCAAAUUCCUUCAAGUACACAUCAGUGACAGACACUCCUGGCCUCCUUCAUGCAAAAUUCAGCAAUAUGAUUGCUAAUGAGCGCCUGUACAAAGCAGCAGGAGAAGACACCUUGCAUCACUGUAGGGUAACCCUGGGACUUCCUGAGUUUCAAAGGGCAAAAAUGAAUGCAGUGAACAUUAGUGAGGCAAAAUACAGGGAAUCUUGGCAUAAUCUUCGUGCUCAGGGUUAUAAACUGACAAUGGAAGCUAUCCCUUUCCAGACUGCCAAGGCCUCCCGAGAAAUUGCCAGUGAUCUACAGUACAAGCAUAACUUCGUUUCCGAAAGGGGCAAGCUCAUUGGUGCCAGAAGCAUUCUGGAUGACACCAAUCUGCUACACUGCUUGCAUGCUGCUAAGUUACAGAGUGAACAGGAAUAUAAGAAAAGCUCGAGAAAUAUCUGUUCUCAGUACAAUCUCCCUAUGGACAUGGUUAAUCUAGUUCAUGCUAGAAAAGCCCAGAAUCUCAUCAGUGACCAGGAGUACAGGAAAAGAUUGCAUCAAUACACAGUGCUCCCUGAAGACUUGAGGAUGAAGUGGGCCAAAAGAGUUCAUUUACUUCAGAGUGAGUUUUCCUACAAAUCUGAUCUGAAUUGCAUGAAGGGAGUUGGCUGGAUGCCUCUAAGAUCCCCUCAUAUAGAAAAUGUGAAGAAGGCUGGAGAACUCAUCAGUGAGACAAAAUAUCGUCAGAAACCAAAUCAUCUCAAGUUCACGACUGUUACAGACUCUCUGGACUUCCUCCAUGCAAAGAAUAGUUACAUUCAGUGCAAUGAUCGGCUAUAUCGAGCUGGCCAUUUGGACAACAUGCACAGAUACACCCUACCGCUUGACCGCCCUGACCUCAUUAGGGCACGUCUCAAUGCUCUCCACAUCAGUGAUAAACUAUAUAAAACCUCUUGGGAGGAAACACGGGCAGCUGGCUAUGAUUUCAGAUUGGAUGCCAUCCCUUUCCAGACAGCUAAAGCAUCUAGAGAAAUUGCCAGUGAUUUCAGAUACAAAGAAGCUUUCCUAAGGGACAGAGGUCAACAGAUUGGAUUUUGCAAUGCACGUGAUGAUCCUAAAAUGAGACACUUCCUGCAAAUGGGCUACCUCCAGAGUGACAACCAAUAUAAAAGGGAUUAUUUGAGAAACAGAGCACAAUUCAGAAGUCAAACUGAUCAGCCAGGAUUUAUUCAUGCAAAGAAAAGCCAACAAUUAAUAAGUGAUGUCAACUACAGGCAGCGCCUGCAUCAAUACACCUGUGACCCAGAGCAGCUGAAUCUCAGGCAUGCCAAACAAGCCUACAAACUACAAAGUGAUGUCAAAUACAAAUCUGAUUUGAAUUGGAUCAAAGGGAUUGGCUGGACUCCUCCAGGUUCUUACAGAGUGGAAAUGGCCAGAAGGGCUGCAGAGCUGGCAUAUGCUCAGGACACAGAAUGUCAAGAAACUCAGGAACAGCAUGAUCCAGAUUAUGAGAAAAUAACAGAAGGAUCGCAGCAAGUCCAGCUGAAUCCUGAUGCAGCAGAGGUUCUGCAAAUGAAGAGAAGAAAAAUGAAACUAACUAAAAAAUGAACAGAAACACUGACAUCUGUCUAAUGAAAAUGCAUAUAUUUUUCAGCUCGCUUUCCAAAUCAUGUAGCUAUUCUAAUCUCCUGAGAAGCAGAGUAGUGCACUGUUCAGAAAUAGUUAUUACAAAAAAAGACCUUUGCAAACCCUAAAGGAGUGAUUUAAUAUUAAACUUUAUACUUUUACAUGAAAAACUGUAUCUGAUUUUUUUAAAGCUAUGUAUUAUACAAUGUAGUAUUUAUGAUAGCAGAUUAGUACUAGAUGACUGGCAGGCUCAGCUUUGUACUAAAAAUAUAUGAACCAUGAUUUGCUGAAAGGAAAAAAUAUAUAUUUGUACUGAAAAUAAAUCAGUGGAAUCACUUUC